AUGGAACUUUCCUCUUCUUAUGUUUGCUUGGAAAGUCGGUCCCCCCUUGCUUGUGGCAACACCAUUGUUUUAAAAACAACUGAACAAACUCCAUUGACUGCUCUUUAUGUUGCACAAUUGCUCCAUGAGGCGGGUCUUCCUCCUGGUGUUCUUAAUAUAGUUUCAGGAUUCGGUCCAACUGCUGGAACAGCUCUUGCUAGCCAUAUAGAUGUUGAUAAGAUUGCAUUUAGAGGAUCAACUGAAACCGAUAAAAUUGUGCAAGAAUUGGCUGCAAAAAGCAAUCUUAAGCCAUAUACUUUAGAGCUCGGAGGGAAAUCACCUUUUAUCAUUUGUGAGGAUGCUGACAUUGAUAAGGGCCAAUGUUGUUGUGCUGGUUCACAUGCCUUUAUUCAUGAUCACGUAUACGAUGAGUUUAUAGAGAAAUCAAGAGCACGUGCUCAAAGACGCAUUGUUGGUGAUCCUUUCCAAAAGGGUAUUGAACAAGGCCCUAAGAUCGACUCGGAGCAAUUUGAGAAGAUUUUAAAAUACAUAAAAUCUGGGGUUGAAAGCAAUGCGACUCUUGAAUGUGGAGGUGAUAGAUUAGGGUCCAAAGGUUUCUACAUCCAAUCAAUCGUUUUCUCUAAUGUUCAGGAAAGGAAAAGAUGAGGUGGCGAGCAAGGAUAAGAACCGGAUAAAAUAGGACAUGACUAAUGUGUAGGCAGCCUACACACCUUUGCAAGCAAGUUGUUUUACAGAAUCACAACAAUUUUUCGGUCUAUUGAUUUUGGAUCUUUCAAAGUAUUUCCCAAAAAUGUGGAUGUCGCUGAGGCACACGUUAACAAUCAAAGCUUCUUUUUUUGUUUUGUAUCUAAUUAUGAAUAUGAAUCAUAUGAUACUUAGUAUUCUGUUUUGAUGUUUAUGUGUAGAAUCUUAUUACUGCAAAAAAUAUGGUUAUAGACAAGAGUAUUUAAAGAAGAACCCUUGGUU